UUCACAAUGAAGGCCAAUAUCGCUUAUAGCGAUGACCCGGCAAUCUACAAGCGUAUAUUCAUCUAUGCAAGCUUUUCGCUCACAGUCUCCACUUCCCACCUACCUACCACCACUAAUAAUUUCUCUUCACUAACACGUCGCGAACGUUGAAGCCAAAGCAACUUUGACACGACCACCUGAGCCAGGCCUUAUGAUAUCCAUUUCGAUGAUCACCCUGACAAAGGUCUUUAUGCGCUCUCGAACCUUUUGUUUAUUGUCAUAUCCUACCGGUCUCAUCCAAAAUUCGCCCAGUGACGGUGGAUCGAGUAAACACACCAACCACCCCCGACAGCCAUGACCGGCAAAAGACGAAGAAGCUCGGAGAGUACUCCUUCCGCAGCUCACGAUGUCAGCUUACAAAACACAAUUCGCCGCGCUAAUCGCGGACUCGUGAAUCGACCAUCAGAGCCCGGUACCCACGCAGAUGCCUACUAUCGCAAUCUCUACUCGACGGAACCCGACUUUGGAAAGCUGGGCCGCCAAGAUCCGCUCUUUGGAGCUAUGCUCAAACGUGGAAAUCUUGAUUUCAAUGAUCCAUCUGCCGUGAUGCAGCUCACGAAGACGCUGCUGAAAGCUGAUUUUGGGCUGAACAUUGAGCUACCUGACGAUCGUUUGUGUCCACCUGUACCAAAUCGCCACAAUUACCUCCUUUGGCUGAAGACCCUACUGGAUAGCACCACCUACGGUGUUCCAGAUCAAAAAGUCCUCGGCCUCGAUAUCGGCACUGGAGCAAGCUGUAUUUACCCGCUUCUAGGAUGUACCCAACGGAAAUGGUCCUUUUUCGCGACGGACAUUGACUCCAAGAGUCUGCAAUUCGCCCAGAGGAACGUGGAGUUGAAUAAUCUACAGAGUCGAAUCUCCGUCAUUGCCCGUGUGCCCCAAGAUCCCAUCAUGCCUCUGGCCGAUUUGGGCAUCGAGUCACUCACCUUCGUCAUGACGAACCCCCCGUUCUAUACAUCCGAAGACGACCUCCUAAACUCGGCGAAGCAAAAGUCACGCCCUCCCUUGACGGCAUGCACCGGCGCGCCAGUAGAGAUGGUGACAGACGGCGGCGAGGUCAAGUUCGUAUCCAGGAUCCUCGAGGAAUCACUAUUUUUGCGCGAGAGGGUGCAAUGGUACACGUCCAUGUUUGGGAAACAAUCGAGCCUCGAGGAGUUUAUCGCGAUUCUGAAAGAGAAGAACAUCAAUAACUACGCUGUGACGGAAUUUGUGCAAGGUAACAAAACGAGGCGGUGGGCCGUCGCGUGGAGUUUCGGCACGAUGAGACCUUCAGAGGAAGCCGCGAGGGGGAUGAAGGCUGCAGUUUGGAAGAAGCUGCUCCCUCCGAGUGUCGAAUCCGAGGUCACUACCUUCCCGCUUGGCACAGAGAUAGGAAAGCUUCAAGACAAGAUCCAAGAGCUCAUGUCUUUGUUGGAGCUGGUUUCCUGGGAAUGGAACCGCGAGAAGCUUGUCGGUAUCGGCAGGGCGCAGGAGAAUGUGUGGAGUCGCGCCUGGAGACGGAAGAAGAUGCGGGAGGAACGAGAGGGCAAGACUGUCGUUGAGGGGUCAGCAAACCCUGAAGUAUGCAAGUUCGGAUUUGAGAUUGCGAUGGAUGUCGGGCGAGAGGGGAUUGUCUUGAGGUGCCGGUGGAGGGAGGGGCAUGAUCAGGCACUCUUUGACAGCUUCGGUGGUUUUCUCAAGACUCGCGUGGCCUUAUGAUCAGUCAGUCUUAUCACUACCCGACGAGGGUUUUGCAUACUUCUUUGAUUUAGACGUUCACGUAGUAGUUACAUAGGGCUUCCUUGUGUUGCGGGGGGUGCAUAGCCGGAAUGAAAGCGACAGUUCGUUUCAUGUUCCAAAACAACAUCUAUAUGUAUAAGAUAGUGAGUCAGUGUCUGCGCA